AUGGACUACAACGAAGAACAAACUCAAGAAUUGGAGGUUUUGGAAUCUAUUUACCCAGAUGAGUUUACCAUUAUCAAAGACAGCUUUCCUAACAUUCAAUUUGAAGUCAAGCUUCCGCUAGAUUUGGUCCCUCUAGAUAGCUCAUCUUUCACACAGGACUCACUUACCAAGGACCACUGGGUCGUGGUAAAUAUAAAACUGCCAGAAACGUAUCCGGAUGUGGUUCCCAUGGUUAGUGUAAGUUGCGAAGAAGUGAAAAAAGAUGGUGUAGAAAGCGAAGACGAUGAUGAAGACGAGGAUGAUUCGGAAAUCGAGUACGACGACCACGGAAAUCCACUAAUAUCCAAAUUGGCCAAUUUGCCGGACCAAGUAGUUUUUGAAGAGCAUGCUCGUGCUGUUGAAUCUCAAUUGGAAUCUCAGGCUAACGAAGAUAUGCUCAUCGGCAUGCAAAUGACCUUUGCACUGCUUUCGUGGAUAAAGGAGUCUAUGGAACGGUUUUUCCAGGAAAAGCUACAGGAGCUAGAACGCGAACACGAACGCGCUCUUGCUGCCCGUGAAAAAGAGGAACAGAAAAAAUUCCAUGGCACUCCAGUCACCAAAGAAUCGUACCUGAAGUGGAGAGCUAAAUUCCGUGAAGAAACUGGACGUAACGAAAGAGACGCCGCACGCAAAAACGAAGCGCAUGGUGGUAAACUGACGGGAAGACAGCUCUUCGAACAGGGUCUGGACGGUAGCGAAGACGUGGAGGAAGAGUAA